GUGACUAUUCCGACGAGCACGAUGUAUCGCUGAGAGUUAUUUCGCGGCUUAUCCGCGAUGAAAAAAUAAAACGGACACAUCAGUGACGUGAGUGCAUCGAAAUCAGCAAAUUAUCCCUGACAAAAUAAAGAUCGUUGAUACAGUGGUGACAGAAGGGGAAACAAGAGAUUCACAAUGUCAAGUUCUUACAUCGUGGAACCUCGUGAGAGCGAGGCGAAGAAGGAUGACACUCUGAUUAUCGUUGUUAAUGACGAUGGAACGAUUUCUGUGGACCAGGAGACACUGCAAAAUUUAAUAAUGAAUCAAUCGAAUGCCAACGUGAGUGUCGUCAGAGUUGGUCAGACAGAGACUGAUGCUCCAAAUGGGGAUUUAACGUUCACGGUUGAUCCACCAACAUUUGUUCCUCCAGAUAGUAAUGUGCAUCCAGCACCCACUACCACAACCCCUGAUAUUGUUGAUCCAUUCAUGGAGAUGGAUCCUGAACAGUUGGAGAGGUUAGAGACUGCACUCCAGAGUGAACAGGCUAAACAGAUACUCGGGGAGAAUGUGACAGCCAUGUUAGAUAUGUUGACAGUAGAAGAGGAACAGAACUCGAUCCGCUACAGCAUCGAGCUGGACCACUGCUACACAAGUCGGACGUCCCCAGCGGACCCAGCGCCCCUGGACCCCCUGCCAGUGGCGCACUCCCCCGAGGUCGAAAAAGUCGACUUCCCCCCGAGCGUCAGUGCCCCCUCGCACUUCCCAGAGGUCCCCGAGGCCAAGCUCUCCCCGAAAUCCUCCCUGAAGAAGCCAGUGGGUCGUCCCCGAAAAGCGCCCCUGGGAGUCCAGUCCCCCCCAGCGGUUCCAGACUCCCCAAAGCCCGCCACAAGACUCCAAGAGGACGAGGACUCGAGUCAGCCCUCGACUUCCGAGUCCUCCGAGUCUGAGCCCUCAGACGACGACCUGGACUUCGGCCCUCGUGGGCCCAGGCGAGGAGGAGUGCGAGCCCGAGGUGGUCGCAAAGGCCUGACAACCAGAGGUGGAACAAUGGCGUCAAGACGACCAGGUCGUCCCACAAAACUAGACACAGACCAAGUUCGCAGGUUAAACCUGGAGAUGGCGGCUGCAGUGGACGAGAUGAAGACACCAGUGAAAUCAGAGCCUGACCAGAGCCUUCGCCCCAAGAAGCAGAUAAGAACGAUGGGUGGGAAGAGAAAGGAGGAGCCACCAGCCCCGGCAGUGCCAGUUGAGCCCCCACCGUCACCCGAAAAGCCGCUGCAAACGACUAAUCAAGUGAAGGCCAACCUCAUCAGUGCGAACAUGAUCAAAGGCGACAUGAUCCUGACGAAACCUGGACAAUCGAGGAACAAUCAGAAGGUCUACUUCGUCCAGAAGAAGAUCGUGAUGAAGGCGAAUGAGAUAAAGCAUUUCGGGAUCAAGAAGACACCUGUUGUCAUCACCAAGGGCCCUGUCAAGUUGAAUAAUCAGAUCCAGACGAAAUUAGCAACUUCAGAGGAUGGAAAGCUCAUAACUGCGAUGGGUAAGACGAUUGCAGUGGCGCCUCCAGCAGUUGUUGCUGAGACCCCUCCAGUGGAGAAUUGCAAUCAGGUGCCUGAGGUGGCUUCCAAGGUGGUCCCAGUGACUCCAGUGAAGGUCAAACCUGUUGAGGUGAAGAAGGAGAAGAAGGAGAAGGUGGAGCCCCCGAAGACCCCGGAGAUCAAGACUCCUGACACGUCCAAGAAGCACGUGAAGAAGGAGACGAAGAAGUCGCCAGGUGUCUUCGUGGAGGCACUGGGGCCUGCGCUGUUCUCCACUCCAGAUAUCAUCAGGAGAGUGGGGUCUGUGGGGGAGGCCAAGGCCCCCGAACAGCCUGAACCUCUGGAGGUGACUGAUGGAGGUGGGAAACCAGUGGCAGAGCCUGAGGACCAUCAGAUGGCGACGAUAAAGGAGGAUUUGAUGAACCUGGAGGGUGACGUCAAACCGAGGGAGGAUUUGAGUGUGGAACAGGGUCAAGAUGUCAGUGGAAGGGUUGAAGAGGAGGCCAGGGCAUUGCUGGGGGAUGGGGAUGACCACAACGAGAAGCACGUAGCUGAUGAUCUGAAUGCUGUGCUUGAUCCUGGCGGCAUCGAGGGUAACGAGCACCUGCUAGCAACUCUAGAGAUGGAAGCCAGCAAGCACGAAGAGGAGCUCCUGGCAGAGGCCCUCCUCCUCCAGGAGCAACUCGACGUUGAUCUGUCAGACCCAACAGCUCUGGACGUCCCACCGCCCCUAGCCUCCCCCCUCCUCCCGCCCCCUCCCUUCGAGCCGCCCCUCCUUCCCUCCCCACCUCCAGCGAAGCCGCCAGAGCCCCCAGCCCCCCAGAACCCUCCACCAGUCCCCCAGAACCCUCCACCACCCCCCCAAACCGACCACAAAAAGAAAGACACAAAAGAGCCAAUUCAGAUCGUCCGAGGGGGUAGAAUAAUAACACUUCCUCCCAUCGAGGCUCCUGCCACCAGGAGCAAACGUCUCCAAUCGAAAAACGACUCCCCCCCGAAGCCCCAGGACACCCCAAAACGAGAGGAGAAGCCCCCCAAGCCCUCCACUCCCUCUCACCCAAAGAAAUCCGAGGAAAUGGACUCGGAAAUGGAGGACGAUGACGAGGAGGACAACUCAGACUCCGAGGACGAUCCAAAUCGCCUCUGGUGCAUCUGCAAACGUCCCCACAACAAUCGUUUCAUGAUCUGCUGCGACGUCUGCGAGGACUGGUUUCACGGCAAAUGCGUUCACGUGAGUAAAGCAAUGGGACAGCAGAUGGAGGAGCAGGGGAUCGAGUGGGUCUGCCCCAACUGCUCCAAGAAGAAGGCUGAGGAGACGAGCAGACCCCCGAAGACCAGCAAAAUCCAGAAGCCGUCGGAGGGAUUGCAGCCAAAGCCCCAAGUGGAGGCUCCCGAGAAAUUGGUGAAGCCAGAGGUGGGAGUGGCGCCCCCAGGAGCUGGUGCAGUGACCCAGUGCGUCGUCUGCAAGAAGGAGGCGAGAAACUCUAGCAUCUACUGCUCGGACGUUUGCAUUUUAGCGCAUGCACAAGAGGCUUUGACUAAAGACAAGGUCCAGCAGACCUCGAAGACUCCUAAGGAUGGCCUGAAGGAGUCUCGAGUGAUAGUCUUCGAACGAAAAACAGGGAAAUUGUUGACUGGAAGUGACGCCCCGACGCGGUCGAACCUGCAGAACUGGUUGAAGGAGCAUCCGACCUUUGAGGCUGUUCGUCCAAACAGUCUGAACACCAUUCAGAUUGGUGGAAAGACGAUGGCGGCUAUUCAAACCCCUGGAAAAUCAAAAUCAUCCCCUGGUAUACCGGUUAAAAUGAUGUAUGCCAAGGUGGCUGGGUCCAGGCAGACUGUUCUAGCCCCGAGCAAGAAAAUCACUCUAGUGUCGCCUCACACACCCCAAGUGAAACCCCUGAAACCAGCUCCAGGUAAGAGCCCCCAAGUGCUGAAGCAGACGACUAUCAAGACUGUUCCUCAGCCUAGCAAGUCUCCAGCUGCAAGUAAACCGCAGUCAUCCAGCAAGAAGAGCGAGCAGAAGUCGAGUGCAUCGUCACAGAAGGUCUCCCACAAGCCCCAGGGGUCCAAGAAGUCAGAGCCCGAACCGAUAAGACUGAAUAUCAGGAAGUCGUUGGCUGAAGCGUUGACCUCGAGGAUCAAGGAGACAGAGGACCUGAAGCUGACUGACGACGAGAUAACAGAACUGGCCUUGAACAUAGAACUGGAGAUGUACAAGUACUUCAAGGAUGCCGGGGCCAAGUACAAAGCCAAGUACAGAAGUCUCUCCUUCAAUAUUAAGGACACGAAGAAUUUAACUCUCUUCAGGAAGAUUGCUGACAGAUCGUUGACCCCAGAUGCUGUUGUCAGGCUGAGUCCUGAGGAGAUGGCGAGCCAGGAACUAGCGGAGUGGCGGGAAAAGGAAACUAAACAUCAGUUGGAGAUGAUAAAGAAGAACGAGCUGGAUCUCAUGGCGCAGGCAAAGUCGAUUGUUGUUAAAACACACAAAGGGGAGCAGAUAAUUGAGAACGAGGGGGGUCUAGAGGCUGUGGAUCCAAAGACACCGGUUCAGGACAUUGUGACUGUUCUCAACAGUGCUGACAACACAUCCUCGGACAUUCUCGAGGAGAAAGAGGAGACGACGUCCUCGUCGAUCGAAGAUUCCAGAGUCAAAGUGCCUAAACACGACGACAAGAAGAAGAAGAAGGACAAGGACAGGGAGAGGGAGAAGGAUGGACACAAGUCGAGGGAUAAAGAGCACAAGGACUCGAAGAGAGAGAGGAGCUCGAGCAGGAGUAGAAGACAUCGCUCCAGGGAUCGAAGCAGGGAUAGAAGAAAAAGUAAGGAUGGCAAGAGGGACAAGGAGAAGGAUCGAGAGAGGGAGAAGGAUCGCGACAAGUCGAAGGAGAAGGAUAAAUCAAAGGACAAGGACAAGGACAGAUCGAGGAGAAGCAGCAAGAGCAGCAGUAGAUCGAAGAGCAGUCACAGGGACAGUCACAAGGACAAGGAGAAAAAACGAAGUGAGGAGGAGGAUAAAAAGAAGAUUGAGGAGAAGAAGAAAGAGUCUGCAGCGCCUCCACCCGAGAAACCCAUUGAGGAUCGGCUCUGGAGGCACGUGGAAGAGGAGACAACGACGAAUACUCUCGAUGGGAAUGACUCUGAUGUUUCCGACAGGGAGCCCAGUUCCACGGUUAAUAUUAAGACUCCUGACAUCAAUGAGGAUCUGGAGAAGGAGAAAGAAGUGGUGAUAAGUAUUGAACAGCCUCUGUUGUCAGUCUCUCCACCUAAAGAAGUGGUGAAAGGCAGCUCUCAGACUGUCUGGCGAGGCUUCGUGAACAUGGUGGACGUCGCCAAAUUCUUCAUAACAGCUCAAGAAAUCAGUGGACAUGCCAAGGACCUCAUGGACGAUCUGCCAGACUCCAUCGACGUCGUCGGAAGGAUCGGCCCUGAGACCGUCUGGGACUACAUGUCCAAGAUGAAGAAGAAUGGCUCCAAAGAGAUCCUAGUUAUUCGACUGACAGCUGCCAACGACGAGGAGAAAAUCCCCUACAUCACUCUGUACAGCUAUUUGAACAGCAGAAGUCGACUUGGGGUGAUUGGAGCCAUCUCCAACAACAUCAAGGACUUCUACAUAAUGCCCUUCUCGAGUAAUAGCCAGAUACCCCCGAUCUUGAGGCCGCUCAUUGGCCCUGGCUUCGAGGAGAACAGACCGCAUUUAUUACUCGGCAUCAUCAUCAGGAACAAGAGGAAACGACCCUCUGUCACUUCGAUCUCUCAAAUUCCUCUCAAGCUAGCGAAAAAGGAGUCUGAUAGGAGCUACACACCUCCCCCAGCGCACAUCUCCAAGGAGAAGAUCUCGUCGUCCUCGGAGAAGUCCCAUGAUCACAGUGAGAAGUCUUUGAUAACCCAGACGACACUGAAUUCCUUGAAUAAAGCCCAAGUUGGAAUGUCGAGGAAUCUGAUGGAUUCAUCAGUAAUUUCUAAAAUUGUUCCUGAAUUAUCGUCGAAGCUGGACCUGACAUCGUCCCCAGGAAAGCCCCACGAGGAUCCUGACGAUGGUGACGAGCCGUACAGCCCUGGAGAAAUCGACGACGACCCUGAGGACAGUUUAAUCAAACUAUCAACCAGCAAUUUAUUGCCUACAAAGAACUCCAAUGACAUCCAGAGGAAAGUUGAGGAGUUGAAUCGAAGGAUAGAGGAGCAGAAGCAGCAGAUCCUGAUGUCCUCGUCGUUCCUGGAGGAGUCACCGUUGCCUGGUCUUGGUAUGGACCCACCAGAGGACGAGGCUUACAGUCCAACUGAUGCCAGAUCCUUCACACCUCCACCUCAAUCUCUUACCAAAUUUCCACAACCAAUUCUUGAUAAAGUCCAGGAUAUAACGAUACCUGCGAAUCUCCAGGAGAUCCUGGCGAAUGUGAAGAGACAGGAGAGCAGCAAAGUCGAUCCUUAUCUUCCUUCGAAGCCUGGGGCGUCCUUCCUGACGCCUGUCAAUGCUCCUGUGAAGAUCGAGAAGACUUACACACCGACCUCUGUCACCAAGGAGAACAAGAGCACUCUGAGGUCUCUGAGUGAUCUGGAUCUCAUUAAAAAGGCGGAGGAGGAACUCGCAGCUGUGGCAGCAGCCGCUGGACCUGUCGAUCCUCCUCUGCCUCCUGGACCUGCUGAAGCUGACGCCACUUUUGGGCCCAGGGAAGCUCUUGAUAUCAGCUAUCCUGGGGGCCUCUCAGCAUCGAAAUCUCGGGUCUCCGAUCAACCGAAACCACCGGGAGUUGAGGACGAGGAGCUCCCCAUCUUCUCGGGAACACCUCCCACUGUGGAAACGAGGAACGAGUCAAGUCCAAAGUUUGUACCCAAGAGUGGAGUUGUUAUCAGUGUUAAGAGGAAAGUAACUGACGAUGGGAGUGCAAUCUCACCCCCUAAAACACCGAGGACAAAGUCUAGGUGGGGUCAGGGACCCUCCGACUGAAUUAUUCGUUAUUCGUAGGUUUUCAUUAUUUUUCACUUUAUUUUUGGUUUAUUAUGGG